CUCAAGGAGGAGCAGCGCACCAUCUUCAUCGACGGAGGCUCCACCGACAGCUUUGGCAUCACCGACGUCUUCCUCUACAUCGGCACCUUCACCCUGGCCAUCCUCACCGCCCUGGCCAUCAUCGGCCUCAUCUACGGCGCACAGGAGUCGGGCUCCACAGGAUACGAGGCCCCCGCCACCGGAUCCUACACUAGCUACGACCACGCCUACCAUGUCGCCAGGGCUCUCUAUGACGGUUACAAGAAAUACGAAGAGGCCAGAUCUGCCAACUGAAUGAAGACGAUGGACACGACCGCAUGAAAGGAAACGGAAGCGACUGCCUGCGAGAAUCCGUGUGAAUCCAGUUACGAGAACCCUGUCUGCGUGAAUCCGCUUGCAAGAACGUUAUUCCCCGUGUAUCUGCUUGCAAGUGUUUAGUUCCUGUGAAUCGUAGUGAAUCUGCUUCUUUGAGAAAGCCGUGUUACCCUGAGAUGCCAUAUAAUAACCUUUGCG